AUAAGGGUGAUUUAGACGAUAUAAAACUCUGUUGAAAAGACGCAAGUGCCAGAGAUGCGCAGUGAGACCGUGUUUGGUUCAUUCGUUUAUACUGUAGAGAAGUCCUCCCGAGGUUGACGCCGCAUCUACAGGUGACUUAUCUCGCCCUCAGCCUGCCAGGCUUGAACGCUACCACCCUCAGGAAUCCCCUUCACCCGAACCAUGGACACCACACGUGGCAGCAAGGAGAUGGUGAUCCUGGCAGGGAAUUCUCACCCAGAGUUGGCUAACCUCAUUGCCAGCCGGCUAGAGGCGCCAGUAGGGAGGGCGGAGGUGAAGGAAAUGGCCAACCGAGAGACAAGUGUUGAGAUCAUGGAGUCUGUGAGAGAGAAGAGCGUUUACCUCAUACAAACAGCCAAUCCCAAGGACGUCAACAACAACAUUAUGGAGCUGUUGAUCAUGGCCUAUGCCUGCAAGACUUCCUCAGCCCGCAACAUUGUGGGAGUCAUUCCGUACCUACCCUACUGCAAACAGAGCAAGAUGAGGAAGCGAGGCAGCAUUGUCUCCAAGCUGCUUGCUAAGAUGAUGUGUGAGUUAAACAAGGCUGGCAUGACGCACAUCAUCACCAUGGACCUGCACCAAAAGGAAAUCCAGGGCUUCUUUGAGUGUCCUGUUGACAACCUGCGAGCCUCACCCUUCCUUCUGCAGUACAUCCAGGAGAGCAUCCCAGACUACCGCAAUGCAGUGAUCGUGGCACGGGACCCCGGCUCUGCUAAGAAGGCCACCUCCUAUGCUGAACGUCUAAGGCUAGGCAUUGCAGUCAUUCAUGGCGAACAGAAAACCAAUGAGGAUGAACAAGCAGACGGCCGCAACUCCCCACCUCUUGUGGAGCAUUCCCGUAUCAUGGAUGUGGGCGUUGGUGUGCCUGCUCUUGCUGCAAAGGAGAAGCCCCCUAUCAAUGUAGUGGGAGAUGUUGGAGGCCGCAUUGCUAUCAUGGUGGAUGACAUGAUUGAUGACGUGGCUUCCUUCGUGGCGGCAGCAGAGGUGCUGAAGGAUCGUGGUGCUUACAAGAUCUAUGUCAUGGCCACCCAUGGACUCCUCUCCUCAGAUGCCCCACGGCUCAUUGAUGACUCCCCAAUUGAUGAGGUGGUGGUGACAAACACUGUGCCACACGAGAUCCAGAAGAUGCAGUGCCACAAGAUCAAGACUGUUGACAUUAGCAUCCUCCUAGCAGAGUCCAUCCGCCGCAUCCACAACAACGAGAGCAUGAGUUACUUGUUCCGCAAUGUUACCUUAGAAGAUUAAGUACCUACUGACAGAUUCUUGUUAGGUGGGUGUAAUGGAGGUAAGCUUCUGACAUUGCUUAGUUGGACAGGUGGAGAAGUAACACUGAAAUUUAACUUUUUAUUUGAUAACUACUAUAUAACAGAAUUUUUAUAUAAUUCUAUGGUAGCUUUGUGUUUUAUUUGUCAUUGGGGGCUUAGGAAAUGAUUCAUUGUAUACACAACUGUUUUUGCAUAUUUCUAAGAAAGUGCAUCAACCUAGGUUUGCCUUAAGACUGCAAAAUCUUUUCUCAUUGAUGAAGAAUACUUUAUAAAACAUGGGAAACAAGUACGUAUCCAUAUUCAGGCAGAGCAUUGUGCUGCCAUUUUGUAUAUAGCCAAUAACCAAGAUAUGCUGAUUCUCCCCAUAUCCUCAAAUAUCUGUAGCACUCCUACAUAUGUAUGCAGUGCCUCUGCUGUGUAGUGGUUUGUGUAUGAGAGGGUGGAUCAACAGAUCUUGGCUUGAGUGGCCCAGUGAAUGGUUGUCUAAGGAGGGUGAUUAUGGAAGGGAGUUAUAGAAGCUUUUAAAAUCAAAUAUUGAAAAGCACCUGGCACAGAUGGCGUUAUAAGUGAACUGCUGAAAUGUGGAGGAGGACUGUAGUUUACUGGAAGAAUGAAAAGGCACUUGAAGAUUGAACAAAAGCUAUCAGUACAUUAAGAAAGUGACAAAAGUGAAUGUGGGGAACUAACAAGGAAUUGGUCUUAAAAAAGGUAAAAGUUUAUCAUAAAAUUAAAAAAAGUGCAGAAUAUAACAGAUUUUAACAUUGAAAGGACAAGAGAUGUGUGGACUAUAUUUUAAGUUAUAGGGAUAAUAAUUGAAAAAAAUAAAAGAAUCAGGAGAUUGAGGAAAAGGGAGCUCAAAGGAAUAAGCAUCAGAUGUAUGUCAGGCACUUAUUUGUCCUUGUCUGAGCCACUCUGUAUGGGAUUGCCAGCCUGGUAUAUAGAUAGAUAGAUAGACAUACUUGUCAGAGAAACUUGGGGAUAAAAUUUGUCGCAAGUUAGCAUCACAGUUAAUUCUGUGUUCUGAGGUUAAGGAUUUUCAUUUGCGAGUGGUAAGGGAAUGCACAUUAUAGAGUAUCCCUCUUAACCUUUACCUUUAGAGAUGGUAUUUUGUUAUUCCUAAACAUAUCUUCAGGUACAUAUAAGAAUAAAUAGAAAUUAUAUUUUAUGCAAUUUAUAUACAUAUAUUGCAAAAAAGUGGGUUAAAUAAAUGAUUUUACAUGAAUUUACUUGAUACUUUUUUUCAAAAUAGUAGCUGUGUAAGGAAUAUGGGAAGUCAUAUAAUUAAUGGAUGAAGAGGUUAAUAUUUUACAGAAAGAAUAUAUAUAUAUAUAUAUAUAUAUAUAUAUAUAUAUAUAUAUAUAUAUAUAUAUAUAUAUAUAUAUAUAUAUAUAUAUAUAUAUAUAUAUAUGUAGAUUUAAGAUAGAGGUAACUGUUAUGAAGAAUUACCAGUAAUUGUUGUGAUCCACUAACCAUUGUCUCUCUCAUACUACUACUACCACUACUGCUGUUACUACUACUACUACUACUACUACUACUACUACUACUAUACUACUACUACUACUACUACUACUACUACUACUACUACUACUAACACUACUAUUGCUAACACUACUACUACUACUACUACUACUACUACUACUACUACUACUACUACUACUAUACUACUACUACUACUACUAACUACUGCUACUACUAACUACCACUACUACUACUACUACUACUACUACUACUACUACUACUACUACUACUACUACUUCUACUGGUGUUGCCUUCGCCAACAAAAACUCCUGUACUCCUCUUGCUGCUGCCAGUGUAGCCAUAAGUGAUCACAGCUUGCCUGCGAGGUCUUGCAUUCAGGAAUUGUUCAAUGUAGCGAGCGAUGUGUUCAGUAUCCAGGAGCUAGUUAUGCAGUAACUAUUAUACAUUUGUUUGUGGUUCUAUUGUCUUUAAAUAUGUCAGUGUAAAUAUGUCAGUGAUCUUCUAUGUCAUGGUAUUAUUUUUGCGAAUCAUGUUUUCGUGUUCUGGUUAAACAUUUAUUAUAUAUCCAUAAGAUUUAUUAAUAAUUUUACUUGUGUUUAAUUUAGCAUUUAGUCAUAUUUUUAUCUGAAUUCGCAUUUACACAUUUUUUUUCACUCAUUCUGGUUUCGUAGUAAGGCAUAUGUUAUGGGACUGUAAGACUUUAAACACUUGUACAUGUGUAUAACAUUUUUUUUUCUUCUUCCAACCUGGGACCGACGGGGCUAAGUGUGUGUGUGUGUGUGUGUGUGUGUGUGUGUGUGUGUGUGUGUGUGUGUGUUGCUUUGUCUGGCUUACCCCGUGUGAGAUUGCCUGCUUGUUAUAUAGACUGGUAGAUUUUUUAUAUUUUAAUAUACCUGUCUCCGUGUAUCCCAACCCAGCUCAUUCCCCGCGCCUUUGUCUUUGUGCAAACCUUACAAAAUAAUACAUUCAUCAGAGAUUUCGAUGUGCUGAAAAGAAUUUUUGCAAGACCUUUGUGUGCAACCAAAUAUUUCGUUCGUAAUUUUAGAUUGUACCAGUCUCUCCAACCCAAUCCAGUCCCCGCGCCUUGAUCUUUGUGCUAAGCCCACAAAAUAUCGCAUUUAUCACAAAUUCCGAUGUAUUUAGGAAAAUUUUUGUAACCUUUCGUUUGUAACUUUAAAAUCCACCACAAUCUUUCCUCGCAACGCAACUUAACCGAACCCAACUCAAUACAGUCCAGGCCAGCCUUCGCGCCUUGAUCUUUCAGCUAACCUUUCCAACAACGCUCUCAACUCUAUGGCGAGGUCGCGGUGGUCAUGUGAGAGUCGACACGCAUCGCCAAAUGUACUCUGCUCUACUGGCUGGCUUUAGAACAUGACCAUACCCUCGCCUCAGACUUUUACCCCUGCUCCUCGCCAUCCACCCGUGCCUCUCGAAGCCUCUCAUGUUAUUAGACUCGACACCCUAGCCCCACUUCCUCAAGACUUCAAAUUACAUACAUACAAGGCGUUUGUCCUCUUUCGUUUUCUGUUCGUUGCAGCGUCCCUGUUUUCUUUUAGUUUACCGUGCGUUCAGGCCUUUUCAUGUUUAUUUAUUUAUUAUUUUUAUUGUUUGUGUGAUCUGUUUCCCUUAUUAUUAUUAUUAUUAUUAUUAUUAUUAUUAUUAUUAUUAUUAUUAUUAUUAUUUGUAGGAAUAUAGGUAUAGAGGUCCAAGAUUUUUCUUGAGAGAGAGAGAGAGAGAGAGAGAGAGUUGCUAUGAAAUAUAUGAACUUCUAAAAAUAAUAUCUUGUGACAAUACAUAUACAUAAUUCAAAGCCAUCGUUGUACGCUAGGAAUAACAUGAUGUAAUUUGAGUUUUUUAUGCUUUGUGCUAUUCCGAAAUGUAUAAUUAUGUGUAAAUAUAUAACGAAUUUAUAUUAUA